CAUGGCUUCAUAAUCACAUCUAUAAAAUUGUUAAUGCCACAGUGCAAACUAAUGUUACAUAAAAAAGUUCUAACAUAUAUGUGUACACUAUGGAUGUCAAGCCAGUGUUGUCACAAAGAAUGUGUAACUGUCAUACAAAUAUGUGUCAAUUGUCCAACUAAGUGAUUAGCCCAAGAGUGUAACUGGAAGCUUUGCACAAGUAGUGAAAUUUGUUACUACAGUUGACUUGCGUUAAUUCGACCCUGACGGGACCGACCAAAUUGAUCUAAUUAUCUGGCGUGUUGAAUUAAACAAGAUGAAAAAACGCCAAACACACCGCUGAUUCAUUUGGUGGUGUUUUCCCAAUUUUAACACACUCCCGAAUCAAACACGCACCCGCUUUCUAUGUGUACAGAAUAGAGAGCUAACAUCGAAAUGACAUUAAAGUUCUAAGCAAAGUACAACUCUAAUUUCUACCCGCUUUUUUUUUUUUUUAGCAAGUAAAAUUAGCAAUAUGCAAUGCACAAUGGCUGCCAGUUUUCUAAAACCAGCUUUGCCACAUGGUGGUUGUCAACUUUGCCGCAAUGGACGACCGCACGCCAAGUUUCACCCGAGACGCCAGCGCUCGUUUCUCCCCUGGCGGCACGGUUUCCCUUCCCACGGGUGUGUGCUUCCGCCGCUUUCCUUCACUCGCGCUGAGCCAGAGGAGGCUCAGGCUGAGCUCGCGCUGCACGCGAGAAGGCUUUUGUUUGCGAUGGCGCCUCGCCGGAAGACUGGUAAUUACUGCUGUGUUGUGAACUGCCAUAACAGCAAUGUGAACACAAAGGGGCUGCAGCCGCCAGUGGAAUUCUACCAAUUCCCCACUACGAGAAAGGCAGACGACAGAUGUGGAUUACCGCAGUGCGCCGAACAAAUGCCGAAGGAAGUCCGUGGUCGCCAACAGAGAGUACAAGGAUUUGUAGCAGACAUUUUGUGGGCAACUGCAAAAAUAACUGCAGCCAACACCCGUCGUAUGUGCCGACCAUUUUUCCGGCGGCGUACAAGAAACGGACACCUGACCCAGAAGUGGAGCAGAGGUGGAAACAGCGGUCUGUAAGGGCAGCCAGAUCAGUGCAAAAUGCUGUGGAGCAGGCUGUGCCUCAAAGUACUCCUCAAGUUAGCCCACCAAUGCAAGAUCAAGAUUCCUCUGAUUGCCUGGACGUCUAUGACACACUUGCAAGUGAUGCGGAAUCACCAGUGAUGCCUCUCACACCUAUCAGUGAUGACCCUCAGCCUUCGGCAGGACCCUAUGAAACACAACAGGCUCAACCAGUUACACAGGCCGAUGCUGCAUGCCAAACAGAACUAGAAUCUCGAGGAAACCUGGUUAUCCUCCUGUCAGCGACAAAUGGGUCUGAGGUAUCAACUAAAGUUUCUCACAUUGAACAAUGUGACAAGGUCACUGGGACUGAUGGCAGCUGGAAGAGGAAAUGUGAAUUCUUUGGAUUUGAGACACUUAAGCAAAAUGAGACUGCUUUGCGAGACAUGUGUGGGGUCACUAUACAGGUCUUUAGUCUUUUGCUGAAUAUUCUGCCAGAGCCUAGCUACCGAAGCACAGAUAUGACCCGCGAGGACAAGCUUUGUCUUUUUUUAGCCAAGCUUAAGCUUGGGGUAAGCUUCAAGGCUUUUUCUGUGAUUUUCGGAGUGGCUGCAUCAACUGGAUCAAGUGUAUUUAAAUAAACCCUCGACAUACUUAGCACAGCCUUGAAAGAGUGGGUAUUUGUGCCACCAAGGGCUAUCAUCAAGCAGUGCAUGCCACAGCCAUUCAAAGAAAAUUAUCCAGACUGCACAUUUAUUAUUGACUGUACAGAAGUUCGAGUUGAAACGCCAUCAAAUCCCGACUGCCAGCACAUGCUCUAUUCCAAUUACAAGGGAGGUUAUACCUUGAAGGUCCUUGUCGGUAUAAUUCCAAAUGGAAUGAUAGCCUUCAUGUCAGGGGUAUAUGGUGGGCGGUGCACUGAUUCCUUUAUUACCCAAGACUCUGGUUUUCUUAAUCUUAUACAAGAAGGGGAUAUUAUGUUGAGCGAUAAAGGGUUUCCACGCAUCCGGACAGAUGUUAAGGACAAAGGCAAAGUCAUCUUGAUGCCUCCCUUCAAUUCUGGAAGUGGUCAACUGUCUCAAGAAGACAUGGAUGAAACAUAUAAAAUUGCAUCUGUGCAUAUCCAUGUUGAGCGGGUUAUUCGCAGACUGAAAGUAUACAGGAUCCUGCGCAACACAGUGCCCUUAACUUUGGUGCUGCACAUGGACAAAGUGUUCUCGGUAUGUGCGGCCUUGGUCAAUAUGCAGCCACCAAUCAUUAGAAAGAAAGAAUGAGUGCAUUCUUUGUAAUGCUUUGUGAGUGAGUUUUGCAUGGAAAUUUUGUGUGUGAAUAUAAUUCCUAAAGGAAAUUUAACAAUGCGUAAAUAAAGAUUACCAGUGUUAUUUGUCUUGCACAGAUGCCAGCAGAGUACAGGUUACAAAUGUGGCAUCAUGAUGCACCAGUGCAUUUGUUUCUGCACAGCCAAAAGAGAACUUUAUUGAAAGAUCAUGUAGUUUAUUCAUUCAUAAAUGUUUCUUUAGUUGUGCGCUGGAUACACAGCAUGAUUAAGUUAGCUUAUGGUGCCCUGCAAUAUUAUUUUGUGUCUGCCGUAUGCACACUGAUAUUCUUUGCAAUGGCUUGUGAUUUCAAUAAAUAUUUCAUUUAUCAGUCCUGUCGUCGUCUAACUGUUCGCAGAUAUUGUGCCUCAAACCCGAAGGUAGACAUUAAACAAGCUAGCCAGCUUGUCAUCUGCUAUCUCUAACCUUCUUGAAUAUCACAUUAAGUGUUUCUUGAUGUAUUGUGUUUCAGGUAUAUAUCACCAAGCUUCUAGAAUAGACUAACAAUGAGAGUAUUUGGUUUACGCAUUUAAUUUCAGUCAUAUGAAAUACCAAAAGUUGAUAAAAUGCUGUAACCUGAAGCAUUCCAAGUAUAGUCCAUGCUUGCAAUGCAUAGACUAUACUUCACAUCUUUAUCGAUUUAACAAAGUUGAAAUUAAACAUGUAAGAGUAAUUUCACACUUUAUUAGGACUAGAUUCAGCAACAUUAAAAUAUUGCAUAUAAAAGUAACUGCAACUUCUACAUCCAGAACGGUGUAAUAAAAUAUUGCAUACAGACUAGAUACAUUGCAUACAUAAAGGCAAUGUUAGCGUAAUGUUGGCAUGUCUCAUGCCAACAUUAUAAGACACUUCCAUUUUUGCUACCGGUAUGCAGCAAAAAAAAAAAAGAAAAACAUCACACAUGACAGAAACAAAUGCAAAUGUCUCCAACAGAAUUGCAUGGCCCUAAGAUAUUACAUGUUGACUAAAAAUAUUACACA